AUGAGUGACGAAUCACGGGAAAAUAACAGCGAUACAACAAAAUCUACAGCACAACAACCAGCAACAACAAGCGUCCCACGUUUAGGUGUUGGACGUGGAAAACCAUUACCUGCUACAAGUAAUGAUGAGCCAAAAGCGCCAUCAGUGUCGACGUGGAAUGCAGCUCGUAGUAACAAUGAAAACAAUGGCUCGAGUACUGGUGGAGGUUUCGGCUCACGAAGUAUGGGAUUUGGAUCACGAAGCGAAUUUGGUGGCGGUCGAAAUGAUAAUGAAUCAAACAAUGAUGGCAAUGGUCGCACAUGUUACAAUUGUCAAGAGACUGGCCAUAUAGUUCGCGAUUGUCCUAAUCCACGCAAUGAACGCCGAGACAAUAACCGUGGUGGUUUCAGUUCUGGCGGCAGUGGAAACCGUGGUGGUUUCCACUCUGGUGCUGAUGGAAAUUUUCGUAGUUCUCAAUAUUCCAAUAGUGAUAAUCAGUACGACAACAAUAGUUCGAAAUCUGCCUUUCAGAGUAAAGGAUCUCGAGAUGAACGAGACGGUGGAUUUAGUUCCGGCGAUCGUCGUGGUGGAUUUAGUUCUGGUAACCAAUUUCGUGGUGGUAUGAAUGGUGACAACAGUUGUUUCAAUUGUAAAAAACCCGGUCAUAAAUCGCGUGAUUGUCCAGAAGAAAGAAAAUUUCGUGAUAAUGGUAGUUCCGGUUUUCGUAGCAGCAAUGGAGGUGACCGCAAAAGUGAUCGCGAGUCUGAUGAUGUUUUUGAUAUUCCGGGUGGUCGUACUAGUGCCCAUCCUACUGAACGAUAUAUUCCGCCAGCUCCGCCAACUUCAGAAGAUGACAUAUUCGGUGAAGCCACUGAAAGGGGAGCAAACUUUGCUAAAUAUCAUGAAGCGCACGUACAAUGCACACCAGAAAAUAUAAUAAAACCUGUCGAGUUAUAUGAAGAAGCCGAUCUCGACACACAAGUUCUAUCAAAUAUUCGACGUGCUAAUUUUACCGAACCAACAGCUAUUCAACGCUACACCAUACCCUGUAUAAAAGGACAACAUGAUCUCAUGGCAUGCGCACAAACUGGAUCUGGCAAAACUGCGGCUUUUCUUAUACCCAUCAUUUCCAAUCUACUUCAGUUUCAUUCACACGAAGUAUCUCAAAAGUCAACACCACCAUCGCCACUUUGCCUUGUUCUUUCACCUACGCGUGAACUUGCAUUGCAAACAGAACGCGAAGCCAGAAAAUUCGCUUUUCAAACACCAAUCACAGCAUGUUCUGCGGUAGGAGGUCAUGACACAAUGGCUGUAGCAGCUCGUCUUCAAGAAGGCUGUCACAUUCUAUCGGCUACUACAGGUCGCCUGAAAGACAUGGUUGAAAAAGGCCGGAUUUCAUUGAAAAAAGUCAAAUACUUUGUUCUUGAUGAAGCCGAUCGGAUGUUAGAUACUGGAUUCGAGCCCGAUAUUCGUCGAUUACAAGAACUUGGUAUCCCACCCAAAGGAGAACGGCAUACAUCAAUGUUUUCUGCGACGUUUCCAGAACAAGUUCAACGAUUGGCUAAAGCUUUUCUUCGGGAAGAUUAUAUAUUUCUUGUCGUCGGCACGAUGGGUGGUGCUAAUGAAGAUAUAACACAAAGUGUUGAAGAAGUUCCACAGGCCAAUAAAAAGGAACGCCUUUUUCAAUUGCUGGAAAAAAAUCUUCAAAGUGAACGUUGUUUAAUAUUCGUUGAAACAAAACGUUCGGCAGACUAUAUCGGUUCAUUACUUUCACAAAAGAAAUUGAUGAGUACAACAAUGCAUGGAGAUCGGACACAACGACAACGACACGAAGCUGUAGAACAGUUUACUAAUGGUCGGUGUCCAAUUCUAGUUGCAACUUCCGUUGCAGCACGUGGUCUCGAUUUUCCGUUGAUCGGUUAUGUUAUCAAUUAUGAUUUACCUGACACAAGUGACUUUUAUAUUCAUCGUAUUGGUCGAACAGGUCGGGCUGGUCAUUUGGGUAAGUCAAUAUCGUUUUUUGAUCCUGAUCGACAAUCAGACCGUCAAAUUGCUCCUGAUCUUGUAUUGAGAUUAAGCGAAGCUGGACAAGAAGUGCCAGAAUUUCUCCAAAAAUAUGCCCACAAUAAUGAUUCGAAUAGUGGAUUUUCUCGUAGUGCUUUCGGCGGAAGAAAUAGUGAUAUGCGAUCUGGGCGUGCUGCUUUUCGUGGUAAAAAUCAACCUUCUGGCUUUAGUGGGGGAACAGCUUCAGCCGGUGCAGCACACGUAGAACAAUGGGAUGAUUAA